AUGACUGGCUCUAAGAACGAAUUCUCCGGUGGCGCAUCUGAUGCAGCUUUAAAGCACGAGGCUGAGAAGAAGGGACUUGGCACUGGACCAGGCCACGAAGCUGCCAAGCCAGCUGAAUCAACCUUCAAGCAAGCACCAGUCAUCAACGACGCCCCAGUCGUGACUGGUAUCGAUGUCAACAACAAAUCUCACGGAACAGACUCCCACUCUGGUGCUGCAGGUGCUGAUGGCAACAUCGAAGUUUCUGGCGGUGCACCAACCGGCUCUACUGCCAACUAA